AUGUAUCAACAUAAUGAUAGAGAGAAAACUCAGUUUUAUAUCUCAACUCAUUAAUUUGCUAAUAAGGAUGUCAUCUCUGAAACUUAUCCAAAAUGCUAAAGUUUCUAAAGAGAUUUUUAUUGA